CCUUGACUAUUCAAAUACGCACCUUACCUUUUGACCAUCAUACUACACCGACCAUCCAGGCAUGACCCAGGUUGUCCAGCAAGGACCACAUCAUUCUUCUGAAAUCGAUGGCCAUGCAGAAACUACGACGCCAUAUGAGGAUCAGAUACAUACUUAUAGAGAUAACGCGCAACCGGGACCUAAAACAGUUAAAGGAUCGGAGUACGCGGAGGUAGAAGUGGUCCUUCCUUAUGUAAACCCAGAAGAUCGAUAUUCAGACCUCCAGCCGAUUCCAGAGGAGGAAGAAGAGGAGGGAGCUGUUGCAGAAUCGCCCAUCGAUGGUCUAAGCAAGCCCAUGGAGUUCUUACUUCAAGUCGACCUCGGGAAUGAACUCGAGAAAAUCAAGGAAUGGCUAUCUGUUCUUUCAAGCGGCGGUAGAAAACUUGAGUAUGUGAAUGAAAUAGCCAAUCUGCGGGAGCUUGAAAAUUUUACCCAGGCGUUAAUCGAGUUGCACAGGAUGGUGAAUGAGAAGUAUCGUCAACUUACUUUGCUCCAUAUCAACGACAGCCGGAGACCAAGCCUGCAGGCAGAGCUAGGCCAGCUGAGCGAUGAUACAAAGUCCAUGGAGUACCAAUGGAGCACAUUCAUGGCGGCCUACCAUCGAGACUUUGUUGUUAUUGCCGCCGCUGCUGCAGCAAAGGCCAAAGCCUUGGCUGAUGCUGAGCUCAAAGCUCAACUGGAGCACGAUAUCAAAAUCCUCAAGGACCAGAUCACGGACCUACAGCGACAGAUGGAUGCAGUUGCAGCCCGCAGGAAGCAAAUGCUUGCAGAUGCAGAGGAGCAAAGCAAGAUUGCGCGACGAACCACUGUGCUAGAGUAAAACGCAGCAAAAACUUUAUCUGGGACAAGCAGACAUCACCAAUGGGUUCGGGGCGAUCGCUUUGUGCUUCGCCCAUCCCAAUUUUGAAUAAAUGAAUGCCUGA